AUUUAAAGACCUCAUGACACGUGGAAAAUAAAGUAAUAUACAUACACACAUUGAAAGUACACAUACAAAAUAGUCACUUGAAGUUGGUUUUAAUCAUUAUGAUAGAGAAAUUGAGUUUGUACGGCCUUUUAAAAGUGCGAUUUUUGCGAUCUGCUACCGACCUUCCUAUUAGUCAGUCACAUGACCUAUGACGUACACUCCGGAACGGCUCCUUGGUCAAGACACUAUCCCACCUGUCACUCACGACUAUCCUGACACCUGUCAACAACAUGGAUUCUGACAACUCCGAUUCAUCCUCGGAUCCUGACACAUUUUUCGAAGUGGCAGAGUCCGACCCAAUGCUGGAGGACAAUGUGAGGGGCGUUAUGCCCUAUAGAUACGAGCCAUACUUGGAUGAGUUGGAGCCACAGGGUUCUACGGAAAGUUCGGAUGGCGAGGCAGAAGGCGCUGUUGGUGGUGCUGCUGUGGCAGACGGUCGGAUGCCUAUGGAUUUUGGCAGACUACAGCACGUGGAAUGGUGUUCUUGUGGGAGAUGUGAGCCAAUGCCACUGGUAGUGGAGUCGGUGUGCUGCCGCGAACAGUCAAGAGUGUGCGAGAGGAGAGAGGAGGAGGGAGCAGACACCCGCUGCAUCACAGAACAUUCUGGCUUUGAGCCAGUUUGUCUGAAUCUGCAUGUUCUGCGCACCGCACAUUUCCACUAUCGGCAAGAAUACGGGGAUGUAGAGGGAAACGAGUGGAAGAGGUACACUGGAUACAGACAGUUUGUGCGAUGGUGCUACGAGUACCUGGGAAGACAUGUCAGGGUCCCCAUACCUUCCUGUGUGGUGUGGUGUAUCCGGAGAACUUUUCCCUCCAUUGAUUACAGGGGGUUCCAGGACACCAACAGCCCGUGAUGAUACAUGUAUGCUGUUAACUUGUUAAUUUUGUUUUUUUAGUUUAAAUACAUGAGUUUGUAAAUACAUGAAAAUGAAUGUCAAUACAUGAUACCUCUGGCUUCACAUGAAUGUGUCUUCAUUUUUACAACUUACAACAGCUUACAACAAAUAGGCCUAGCAAAUCAAUUUACACCUUCACCAUGGAAGGGUAGCUGAUAUUUUUGAUCAUACGGUGUCUAAGAUGUGCUGUACUUCAGGGACAAUGCAAUACAAGCCCACAUGGAUAAGGGGGAAAACUGUAGCAACACAGACAUACUACACACCCUGUAAUGACACUUUUCAGAACACCAAGGUGAGGAUGGAGCAGGAGGUUCCCAACACAGUAAAUCAAAGCACUCACGGCAAAGAUGAAAUUAAGUUUGUGUUUAUUCCAUUCAGUCCGGUUCUCAUGUGUACAUUUAGGUGUUAUUUGUAAUGCUAAAGCGGGUCAUAUGUGCAUUGACUGCUGCCCUCUUAUCCGGCUUUUCGAAUGAUGCAUUGAGUGGCUCUGUAACAGGGGACGGGUCUGGGAUGUCAAAGUCAUCACCGUUGUAGUCCUCACCUCGACACAUGGCCUCCACCAUCCGCAUCAGCUCUUCAGCAUAGCC